UGGAAACAGACGCACUCUGAGCUGACGGAUCGAAAUGGAUGUGCUGGGAAACUUGGAAGUUCGGUGGGUGCAAGGAUUCAACAAUGGCACAUUUAGAUUUGUCGACAAGAAAACAACAUGCUACACCUGCGGGAAUUUUAUUGUUUUCCUCAAUGUGGAAACUAAGAUGAGGAAGACUCUGCAGAGUCCUGGUUCUGGUAUUGGGGCCUUUACAGCCAGUGGGCAUCGCAGGUGUCUUGCCUUCUCUGACCUCAAUCUCAAUCCUUCCAUAUUUGUCUACAACUAUCCAGAGCUUGAGCUCAUGUGUGAACUCAAAGGCAAAACUAAACUGGGCUAUACAGCUCUGGCUAUGUGUGAUACUGGGCCUUAUUUAGUCUGUGCUUCCUCCAUGCCUGAUCACACCAUCACAUUAUGGAACUGGGAGAGCAGCAUACUACUUUGUAGCCAUUCACUCUUGGGAGAGGACGUCACAGCACUGGUUUUUAACCCCAUGAACUGGUGUCAAAUUUGUGCUGUAAAUGUGAGGUCCCUUACCAUCUGGAAUAUUGAAAGAUGUGACAACUAUCAUUUGAUGAAGCCUAGUGCUGUCGAUCUUCCAGCCACUGAUGGUUCAGUUAUUGAGUCUGAAGCAAACCUGUGUCAUAUGGUCAGUGGGAAGCUGACACACUUAGGUCCUCAGAUGCCCAUUUCAGCAGUCGCUGGACUGAGUGGAGAUAGAGCGGACAAUUUUGUGCCUUUGAAACAAACAAAACCAAAAUUGUGUCCAAGUGCCUGCUGGUCAACGUCUGACCUGUAUGUUGGUUCCAAGGAAGGUUUCCUGCUUUGUGUGAAUCCUGACACUUUGCUUGUCUCUGUCUUAUAUAAACCUCACACUGAAUUAACCCCCACAGAUGACAGUGAAACAUCCCUGCAGGAAGGUAGUUUCCAGAGCUUGGUACUGCAAGACUGUAACUUAUUUGCUGCAGGAAUGGAAGGCAUUUUACGAAACAUACAAAUUAAAGGAAACAAACUGGAGGUAGUACAGACUUGGGCUUUGGAUAAGGCACCCUCAACUAUAUGCUUUUCCCCUGAUGGUGAGACACUGCUGAUAGUUUCUAAUACAGGCUGUGUUUACAAAUUCAAACCAGUGCUGAAUGAUAAAAUUAUGAAAGUUCUGGAUGUACUCAGUGGAGAUUUUGUGGCUGUUGCUCCAUUAUACACUGACAGAAGCAUUUGUUUGUCAGUCAGAGAAGCAGGAGACGUACAGCUGUGGGCUCUGGAUGAUGGAUUUUGCAUGGGCUUCAUCUCUCUGCAAACACAUGUGACCAGUAUGGCAUGCUGCCCCAUAGCACAGUAUGUUGUUGUAGGGACAGCUACUGGAGACGUCCUAGUUGUGGAAAUGACCACAAAACAAAAGCCCAGGCUAGUUCACAGAGUUCAUCUCUACCAUGUCCCUGUAGACCAUUUGGUGUUUGAUCAAGGUGGCAACUUCUUAAUCACAGGAGCAUCAGACUCACGCAUGUUUGUGCUGAAUGCAAGGCCAUCAAAAGGAUUCGAAAUUAUUGGAUGGAUUGAGGCUCCAGGUGCCAUUGUAAGCCUUUCCACUCAGUACCUCAAGGAAAGUAAACAGGUUAAAGUUCUGGUGUUAUGCAACAAGACAGAGAGAGAAAUCAAUGAGGGAAAUCUGCUUCUGCUACUGACGUUGUUUGUGCAACAGAUUACAGACUCAACAGGUUGUGUGGAUGCCUAUGGACGUCUAUGUAAAGAUGUCCUCCACAGCUGCCUAUAUGAGAUUCCUCACUCUCUCUGCUCUUGUGUCCUGGCCAUAAACAAGAUAUUUGGUUACUGCCAACAGAGAAAAGUCUUGCAAAGUUUCAGUAUCCCCAAGAGUGGAGAAAAGCCCUCUAAUGCACAAGAAGCAGUUCACCUGAUCCUGGAGAAAGAGGCAGGGGGUCAUUUACUGAGUCCUGCCUUUCUACAGCUCUCCCCACAUCAAACCUGGCUGGCAGUGGUUGGCAGGGAUGGACUGCUACGCAUUUGUGAGAUCUCCACAAUGGACAGGUAUGUGCAGCUGCAGUGCCACUCAUGUUGGCAGGGUGGAGUUGGAUCUGUUUGUUUCGCCCCAGACAGUCAGACCCUCAUCACCACAGGCCUGAGGGACGGCUCGCUUGUCUGCAGCAGGCUCAGGUUAAGGCUUUCUGGGGCUGGCAGAGCAAAUGCAGCUACCCAGUAUGCUCAGUCAGUUCAUGAUUCUUUUGAGUCAGUAGUAUCCUCAGAGAACACCAUCCUCUCCAAAAUGACUGACUGGAAUCCACAGACACAGUCCCUGACAAGAUGUUCGUCAUUUCAUCCAGGCGAAGGAAAGAUGAGUCAUGAAGAUGAACAAGAGGAAAACUAUUUUGUGUCCCCAACUAGUUUUACAUGGCUUGAUGGAAAAUUAGAUGCGGUUCUCCAAGAGGAAACCCAGCAGUAUGCAGAGACAAAGAAGAACCUAAGAAAAAACAUCAAAGUCCUUCGUGACACAAUCAAAGCAAUGAUGGAGGAGAAUGAGAGUCUGCCAGACAUGGAGAAACUUGAGCACCAGGAAUUUAACCUGGAUGUGGAAGAGCAACAGAGGCUGCAGCUAGAGGGAGAACAGGAAGUUACCAGGGUGAAGAAAGAGAUUGAGAUGGAGAAUCUGGCUAAGUGCUAUCAGAGGGAGAUCCUGAAGAAAGAAUGCUGGGAUUCCAUGCAAAUCAAAGGGAAAGCCAUUAAGGCCUUUCAUUCAGAAAAUGAGGUAAAGAACUACCCCAUGAAGGAACGCACUGAAAAGGAACUUGAAGAGCUUCAAAGGGUUGAGACCAUGAGGCAGAUUGAACAGGAAGAUUCACAACUUCAAGAGAUGAUUUUAAACACAAUCUCUGGAGAAAAAGAGAACGAGGAGGAAGAAGACAGUAAGACCGAGAGUCCUGCUCUGACUGGAAGUCUCAGUGCUCUAUAUGGAGGUGUCAAUCCUCAUCUCUACAGCCAGUUUAACUUACACAUCAGAGAGCAAAAAAUCAACCAAAUCACCUUGCUGAAGGACAUCAUCUACAAAGUAAAGAGCACAUUCAACAAAGAGUUUGAGGCAGUUUACAAGCAAAAGGAUCAGGAAAUCAACCGUCUUAGAGAGAAGAACAAGCGUAUCGCUGAGAUUAUGACCGAGCUGGACCUUAGCGAGACCCUGUGGGAGCCAAUUCUCACGGAUAAUGAGUGUCCUGAGAGAGCUCUUACUGUGACCGACUCAGAGAUCAAGGUUGAGAAAUACCUCACCCCCAAGCAGAAAGAAAAAGAAGAAAAGCUAAGGGAGGAAGAGGAACGGCAAAGGCUUGCAGCCAAGUCUGACAACACGAGAGAUCAAGCGCUCAAUGUUAUGAUGGGUGGUGUUCUGGAGCUUAAAAAAGAAGAUGUGCUGAGGAUGGAAGUACCUCAGCCUGAGUUCAUGUCUAAACCUGAGCUACAGUGGAUGGAAGAAGAGAGAAAGAGCUUCAAAGAGUUUGAGAAAAAAGCAAAGGAGCUCAAUGAGGAGAAAGAGAAAUACAAAAAGACACUAGAGACAGAAAUGAAGAAACUGCUGACAUCUAUUAAAGAGGCUACCCAGAUGUUUGAUGAAAAACUUACAACGCUGUUCGAAAGGAAGGUGAAAUCAGAGAUGGUCAUAUACCAGGAAGAGCUCAAGAUUGCAAAUCUGGUUCACUCCAUUCAAACCGAAGAAGAGAUCCUAAGCAGAGAGAAACAGCUGAGCCUUAAACUUGAAAAGGCACGAACUGUAAAGAAUGAAAUUGGGGAGGAAUUGAAAAAACACAAGGAGAUUGUUGAUGAGUUCAGAGAAGAAUAUGAUAACACAGUCGCUGAGGACAAACUUCUCGACAAAGGAUUUCGCAAAGAGUUUUUUGACGUACCUGGGCACAUAAUUGACCAGCUCUAUAAGCUUUACAAACGCAGACCAAGGGUUCAGAGGAUGAAAACACAGACUGAAAAUAACCAGUUUAAGGAGGGGGGACUAUUAGGAACAGCACCAUCUGAUGGUCUCUCUCUGAUGAUGAAGGCCAUGGAAGAGUUGGACGCUCCAGAGAACAUGCCAGAAGGAUUAGAUCUAGUUGUUUGGGAGAGGUUUUGCAUGGCCAGGCGGACCAAAGUGGAAAGUGAACAAAAGGUCAAACUAAAAGCAUUGACCCUGGCGGAGAUGCAGGCUUUUCUUCAGAGGAGAACAGAUGAGGACGAGAAAGCUCAUCUUGAAAUAAAAAAUCUUAUUGAUGAACUUAAUAGCCUCUGUGAAGAAAUGAUGAGGUUUCGACUAGAUAGUAUGGUGCAGAUCGUUCUACAGCAAGGUCAGGUGGAAGUGGAGGCUGGAGACUUCAUCGCAGACUAUACCGAUGCUCUGCUAAUCCAUCGCAAAGUAAUUGAGGACCUCAACAGCACCAUCAGGGCUUUAGGAGAUCAGAAGAUUGCUAGCAUGGUGGAGUGUAAAGAUUUCCGCAAAGGAAUCAUACAGCAAGAGUGGGAUCACAGAAGAAUGAGAAUGCAGCUGGAGGAUCUCAGCAAUAAAGCCAGAGACAUACAGACCCUGCGCAUCACUCAGGAGAUUCAAGAUUACCUAAAUGAAACAAGUAAUGACAACAGGGUGUUAAAGCAGCUCACAACUCUGGAGACGACCUUCGAUUUACAGAAAACGACUCAUCAAAAGAAAGUUGAGACUUGCAAGAAACAGAUAAAGCACCUGGACAGACAAGGUGUGCAAAUGCAAGAGAAGAACGCAGCCCUCGACUUAAAAGUGGCUGACAUGGAGAUAACUGUUGCAGAGAGAAGGAAUAUUUACGAGGCUCUUGCAAUGGGCGAUAACCAGGAGACAGAGGCAGAGAGGAACUACCAAGAUAUCAUCUUGAGAAAGAAGCUGUUAAACAUAGCCGGAGCACAAUCUGAAGAAAUACUCAUACUGAGAGCGGAGCUUGAGAAACUGCGUAUGAAGAACUUCCCAUCUCUUUCUCAACUGCACUACAACUGAUUCAGGAUACAUAAAUGACAUUUAUUAUUACAGCUUUUGGUUGAAAACUUAAGUUAAUUCAAUACGUGACA